AUGUCCAACGACAACAUCAUCAAGCUUACCGAGGAGACACAGCUGCGCUCAAAGCUCGAGGAGAAUGCGCAGACAGUCGCCAUUUAUUUCUGGGCAGACUGGGCAGUGCAGUGCGAGCAGGUCAACGGCGUCAUUGACGAGCUGGGCGCCAAAUACGCAAAGACCACGUUCUUCAAGGUGGAAGCCGAGGAGUUCCCGGAGAUCUCCGAGGCAUACGAGAUCUCGGCGGUGCCCACAGUGAUCAUUGCCAGGGGUGCAAAGAUCCUGGGGCGCGUCGACGGCGUCAACGUGGCCGAGAUCGUGAACCAGGUGGCCAAGAACUGCGCAGCAGCCAACGGCAUCAGCGCGCAGGCAAGCAACAGCGCAGAGGCGCCGGCCGAGAUCAAGCAGGAUCUGAACACACGGCUGAAGGGGCUGGUGGAGCGUGCGCCUGGCACGGCAGCGCAGCCCAGGUGCGGGUUCUCGAAGAAAAUCAUUAACAUGCUCAAUGAGCAGAACAUCAAGUACGGGUACUUUGAUAUCCUCAGCGACGAGGAGGUGCGCCAGGGCCUGAAGGAAUACUCGAACUGGCCCACCUAUCCGCAGCUCUACAUCGAGGGCGAGCUCGUGGGCGGCGUCGAUAUUGUCACAGAGAUGAUCGAGUCUGGUGAGCUGGCCGAGAUGAUCCCGGCUGGUAUCCAAGGCCGACUAGGCUGGAGGCUAAUGUACGCCGUUUUCAGACUGUCUUUAUAA